AUGCAUAUCUCCACGACACUCUGCACCCUUCUCCCAGCUUUGGCAUCCGCCAUGCCCGCCCUAGGCGAAAUCAAAGCCGUGACUCCAACCAUGGCAGAACUCUCAAGGGUCUACCCAAACAUCAACAUCGACUACAUCACCGGCGAUCUGGAAUCCAACGAGACUUUCCACGUCGAUGCCACCCAAGAGCGAACUCUGGGCUACAAGCUCGUUGCCGCUGGAUUGACGGCCUGUAGUGCUCGGAUCGCGGGAACGAGUGCAGCUCAUAUCCUCGUCGCCGGAGCUGGCUUCGUCGGCGGCCGCGAGUUCAUAAUGUACUUCUGGCAUGGCGGAGCGCUUCAGGCAGCCGGUCUGCCCACGGGGAACAGCAAGCGCGACUGCAACACGGGCCAGACGGGCUUCCAGAGUUCCGCGCAUUUCGCUGGACAGUAUGGUUUGAAGAUGGCCGGCAAGUAUAUGCACUGCUACGCCCCGGAUAGUGGCCAGUUGGGCUAUGCCUCAGGUCUGGGAUCGAUGAUCGCGAAGGGCAUGCAGCAGUCCAACCAGUGUUCGCUCUCGACGCAGUUCACGAUCUAUUAUACCAGUACCAAUAGGGUUUUGGGCAGGUACCAUUUGGAGCUCGACACGACAAGGACGGAUGUCGGUCCCUUUGAGAUCACUGGCGGAGACAGCUGCACCGUGUCCGUCUGA